CAGAGUCAAUCACAUACGGUUUUUCAAUUAGAAAGUGCUGUAAGUUCGUGGAGCAGGACAGAAGUUGGAGUUGAAGUUAAAGUCAGGAAACAUCAGAACUAAUCUGUUAACUCUGGAUCAGCAUGGGGCCGUUUGUCUUUCUCGUGCUAGUUAUGACUGUGAAGUCUGCAGAGUCUGUAGAGAGCAAUGGCCCAUCACCUACGUUCAGUGAAAACAGUGUGUGCCAGCAACAAGUGAUCACCAUCAACCCACUAGUAUAUUCACAAAGCUCUCCUCCAUUGAACUCAGAGAUAGGCUGCAAUUCUUCCACCAUUCAACACAUCGUUGCAACUGAAAAUAUGGCGACAAGGCGACAGCUUGAAGAACUGGAGAUCACAGUAUCGACCAGCCAAGAAAUGGUAACUUCGGAACUAAGAAACGCAACACACCAGUUUAAAGACACAACACUUCAAGUGCAAGAGUUGCUAGUAUCAUUGUCUGGUUUUCAAGAAAAUGUCACUUCUGAGGUACUGGGUAUAAGACGACAGCUGGAGCAGCUGCAAGUCCUGGUAUCUGCGUUUAAGGAAUUCCUUCAUGAUGCCCCUCCGAAGGAUUGUUCUGACAUUCUUGCGAGUGGUGUAUCGAUCAGUGGCGUGUACACGGUUCAUCCUCUAGACUCCGGUGAGGCUUUCCAGGUAUACUGUGAUAUGGAGACAGACGGUGGUGGAUGGACGGUUUUCCAGCGGCGGAAUGACGGCAGUGUUGAUUUCUAUUUGGACUUUGCCAGCUACAGCCGGGGCUUUGGGAAUCUGGAGGGAGAGUUUUGGCUCGGUAACGACAACUUGCACCGUCUGACCGCUCAGGGCGAGUAUGAACUCCGCGUAGAUCUCUCAGACUUCGAGAGUGAAUCCAGGUUUGCAAAGUAUGACUCAUUCAGCGUCGCUGAUGUUAAUGACAAAUACAGGAUGACUUUGGGAAUUUACUCUGGAACAGCAGGUGACUCGCUGAUUUACCAUAAUAACCAGCAGUUCUCGACUCAAGACCAAGACAACGAUGUAGACAACAGUAGGCAUUGUGCCCAGAAAUUUAACGGUGCCUGGUGGUACAGGGACUGCUACUAUUCUAAUCUUAACGGUGGGUAUCUCAGUGGGACCACGACUGAAUAUGCUCGAGGAGCUGCUUGGUAUCACUGGAAGGGGUGGUAUUACUCACUUAAAACCUCCGAGAUGAAAAUACGACAAACACCAAAAUAAGAACACUAUACCACUCAUAGUGAUGCCGCUCACUAGUAAAAUUCAUAUCAGUAGCAGAAGGGUCGAAGACAAAUAAAUAGCACGCGCUCAAGUACAGCUG